GAUUCUCUUCACCAAUCAGAGUAAGCACAAAAAUCUGCCAUGUGACCCAAAUUUUCUCGAACUUAUUCAUCGUCAAAACAGUACAAUGUCGCUUAUCCCCAAUUUCCGACGUAACAGCAACAUCUCUGACCCCUUUUCCCUCGAUCUCUGGGACCCCUUCAAGGAUUUUCCAUUCCCUUCUUCAUCGCUCUCUCCUUUUCCCGAAUUUCCUCGCGAAAAUUCGGCUUUUGUCAACACUAGGAUCGACUGGAAGGAGACCCCGGAAGCCCAUGUGUUCAAGGCUGACAUUCCGGGGCUGACGAAAGAAGAGGUCAAGGUCGAGGUAGAAGAUGACAGGGUGCUUCAGAUCAGAGGAGAGAGGAAAAUAGAGAAGGAGGACAAGAACGACACCUGGCACCGGGUCGAGAGAAGCAGCGGCAAGUUCUCCAGAAGGUUCAGGCUUCCUGAGAAUGCCAAGAUAGAUGAAAUCAAGGCUGCUAUGGAGAACGGGGUUCUCAGCGUGACUGUUCCGAAGGCGGAGGUGAAAAGGCCUGAUGUUAAAACCAUUCAAAUCUCUGGUUAAAAUUCCAGAAAUUAGGAUCAAUUCUCUCUUACUUGUCGUCCUAUAAAUAUCGUUGUGAGUACUUAUAAGAGUCGUAUAUUGUUCUUGGUGUGUAUCAUUGUCAAUGUGUGACCGUGUGUCAAUGUAAUGGAUGUAUGAAUGUGUCUUGUAAUAUUAUGAACUAAUAGACUUAAACUUGUUUUGCUAA